GCUGCAACCCAAUCCACAUUGACGACAAUUCAAGAAUUUUAGAGAGAGAGAGAGAAAGAGAAGGAGGAGAGCAGAGCAUAGCAGCUCCAUAGAUAGAUAGAUCAUAGAUAGUGAGAGCUGUUCGAAGAGGAAGAAAACCCUAAUGAUCAACACUAGCUAGAAGAAGACAACAAGUUGAGCUUAGAUUCGAGUCGAUUUGGUUUACUAUCCUCGUUUUUCCCGAAAAUCACAUUGCAUUUGAAUAUCUUCACUACGUGAUAAAGGAAUUUGUGAUUUGGCUAUGGAGAAUUCCAAGGGACCAUCAACAAUAAGAAACAUGUACAGUGGAAAACACUAUUCCCUACCCCCUAAAAGUCCAUUCCCAAGCAUUACCCCAUUUUAUCCUGAUUAUACUACUGCAAGUGGAGCAAAAGGGAUACCAAAGUAUAGGGACGGAAAUGUAAAUUCACAUCAUCAUCAUCAUCAACGUACUUCUUCUGAAAGCCUUCUAGUAGAAGAACAACCUUCAUGGCUGGAUGAACUUCUUGAUGAACCAGAAACACCUGUAAGAAGAGGUCAUCGUCGCUCAUCAAGUGACUCUUUUACAUAUAUGGAAGCAGCUAAUGCCAACAUAGAACACGCUGCACAAAUUGAGUACAGAUUGAGAAACAUGAACUCUCAAUCUCCUCCUUCAUGGGGAUCUCAAGAUUUUGAUCUUUAUAAAGAUGCUAGAAAUGCAUCUUUUUAUGUAGAACAUAAUCCAAUGACAAAAAACAAAAAUCGGGGUUGGGAUUCAGCAAAUUCUUCUAGGGAUGGAUUUGUUCUUCAAAAUUCUACAUCCUCAGGUGCUUCACAAGAGGUUAAUAAGAUUGUUUCACCAACAAAUGAAAAGCAAGACACAGUUGAAUCUUGUACACAAGAUGCACAUAGUGAUUCAUCUAAUACCAAGGGUUCUGCAUCAGAAACAGACACUAAGCGUGCCAAACAGCAAUUUGCUCAACGUUCUCGGGUGCGAAAGCUUCAAUACAUAGCAGAAUUGGAAAGGAAUGUACAAGCUUUACAGGCAGAAGGUUCUGAGGUAUCUGCUCAACUAAAGUUUCUAAACCAGCAAAGUCUGAUUCUGAACAUGGAGAACAAAGCACUGAAACAGCGGUUAGAGAAUUUGGCUCAAGAGCAACUUAUCAAAUACUUGGAACAUGAAGUUUUAGAGCGAGAGAUUGGCAGACUGAGAGGGUUGUACAAACAACAGCAACAACCAGCAUCUGAAGAGCCGAUUGUUAGGCAUCAGCGAAGCAACAGUAGAGAUAGUGUGGAAUCUCAGUUUUCAAAAUUAUCUUUGAAAAACAAAGAAUCGGGCCCACUUCGCAGCUGAAAAACAAACAUGUUUUUUGUUAUAUCUUUUGAGUUGACUAAUCACAGUCUGACCGAAAAAAAUGUCAUCUCUAUAGCAAAUGGUAAACUGUUUGCAGGAUGAGGCCCUGGCCCCUGGGUGGUACUUUUUUUCUGCCUGUUUUUUUGGGAGGUUAUGUGUGCUUGUUUAUGUGUAUGUUUAUGUGUAUGUUUAUGUGGAUGUGUAUGUGUAUGUGUAUGUGGGUGGUUUUGUUGUAUUAAGCUAAUUUAGCAACUUACUUGCGCCUAGUGGUCUCACUGGAGCUAGUGGUAACUAUGGGAAUAUGGGGUGGUUUGUUUCCUCCUAAUUGUCAUUUAUUUGGGGAUUCCUUUCAACAUUUUGUAAUGAUUAUUCAUCUCUUAUGUUAAUU